AUGGCGAACAAGGAGAGAGUUUAUCGAGAAAUCGGGGACGUUGUCCAGCUUCGACUAUACCAUCAUUACAAGUAUCAACGAGCUACUAAGCACCUCCGUGACCUAUACAAAGCACACAAAGAUGGAUUACUUGAGCUUGCAAAGCAUGCUAUAAGCGAAAUAGAAGUUAUCAAUUCACGGAUUUGCAGUCUCAAUGAGGAAAAUAAACUACCGACAGACCUAGGGACGAUUGACUAUGGAACAUUCUUGUACGCUUGGGACGAAGAGAGAGGCAAAAGUUAUACCAAGGUCGUCCUGGAAGAGUUUUGCCAAAGAAAGAGAUAUUUCAAUGGAUGGAGCACCCUCCCCCCAAGCCAUGACUUUCGCUAUUUUGAGGAAUCAGUUUCCUCGCCUGGUGAAGGCCGACCAGCAAUCUGGGACAUACUGAGUUCAUGGUUGCAGCUAUUCUGGAAUCUAUGCAAGCACAAUCAGGAGCAAUGUCUUGCGAGCGAUUGCGAAAUGCAGCUGCUGAAUUAUGUGAAGAAUGGAGGCUUUUCAUUACACUGCAACGCUAUUAAGUACCGCCACCACGCCCUUUGUACUGUUGUUGUGUGCCUGAGGGAAAUGAGCAAAUAUUUGAACAAUUGGAAGAUGAAACAACAGUCCACCUUCUCGGCUUUCGAGUAUGGGAUUCAAAGGGAAGACAUACGAAGGAUAUGCGAAUUCGAAGGGCUUCCGAUUGGAUGGAUCCCCAACAACAUUGAUGUAGAGGGACAGGGUCAGACGAAGGUCCGCAUCAAGGGCUGA